UGUAGUUGUAGUGCUACUAAUAAAGAAGAAGAAAGAGGAGGAGAUGGAGGAGACGGCAGAUUUGUCUGGUAAUCCUAGCUCUAGCCAUGGGCAGGCUGGGACGACCAUGGAGGUCGGGGAGUAUAGAGAAGAUUUAGGGAUGCCUGAUGAGAUACGCAUACUUGUAGAGGGGUUUAAGGUGGAAAUCCUCGAGAUGAAAAGGAAGAUCAAUAGGCUCCCUGCAAGUGCGCCUGAUAUUGGCGAGGGAGACGUGUUCGUCGUCCCGAUUGCCCUGGCCAUUGGCCCUUACCACCACGGCUUGCCCCGCCUCCAGGGGAUGGAGAAGGUGAAGCGCGUGGCUGCCUACUUCUUUACCAGGGACUCGGGCCAUUCAUACAAGGAGUUGUAUGGGCGGGUCCUCGCCGUCGCGGAUCAAGCCCGCCGCCUAUAUGCCGAGGACGCGGUGUCAGAUCAUGGGUGGUAUCGAAAGAUGCAGGCGCAGGAGGUGGUUGAGGAUCAUCGUUUGCAAGUUUGCUUCCAGCAACGGUAAAGCCAUCGCCGCGGUGCUCUCCAUCAUUGGUGUUCUUGUGGGUAUCUUCAAGGCGCUCUAUUCUCUCAAGCAACCCUAGCUCUAUAAGCUAGAACGAGAUGGUCGAUGCUUGCCAUUCAUAUCACAAGAUAACUAUGCCAGAAGACGUUCCAAUGCUUAAUUCAUCAGUUGUUAAUCACAAUGGCGCGUAUUGUUGUAUGGUACAUUUAACUAUGUUUGUGUUCAGUUCAUUAUAUCAGAAUUCUACUUGAAACAUUUUGUUUGAUCCAUCUUAAAUUUUCUAUAUUUGUUGUAAUGAUUCUGGAUGUCUAUUGCAAUGGUGAAUCGAUUGGUUGUGCUAAUU